CACGAAACAGAGUGGACGCUUGCAGUUUGUAGAUAAAUCAACGAAAUAUACGAGAUUUUUCGACGUGAUAAGACGAUGGCUAGGACUAAGUCGAAAAAAACACGAGAAGAAAAGUUAGUUGAAGCAAAAUUACGUAGAAGAAAGAAGUAUGAGGAAAUUAAAAAUGACCCCGAAAAAUACGCCGUUCAAAAAGAAAAAGAACGACUGAGAUACUUGAAGCGUAAGGAACAAAAACAAAUCAAGAGUGCGGCUGAUAUGACGCCAAGAGAAAAAAGACUUCAAAGAAAGAAAUGGAAGGAAAAUACCAAAAGAUACAUAGAAAAACAGAAAGCAAAUAGAAGAAUUCAGCAAUUGUUAAUAGAUGGCACCCCACCGUCAAGCGACCGUGAAGAUACUGUAGAUUUAAUUAAUCAGCAAGAUCCAUUAGAAGGAACAUCUCGCGAAGCUAAUAGUGUAAUUAAUGCAAAUUGCAAACUUUGCCAAAAAAAAAUAUAUUUGAUAAGGAAGAUACGAUACGUACACAAAAAUGAAAUAAGUAAACUCAAGAAAGAGAAAGAAAAAGUUGAAAAGGAAAGAGAUGCAAUUAAAAGGGCGUUAAGAAGGAUAACUAAGAAAAACCAAAUACGACAAGAUCAUCACAGCCAAAAGAAUACACAAGAGAAAGUAGAUAGGCUAGUAGAAACUAUAGACGAGAAUAAGCGGGAAGAAGUAAAAAAGAAGUUAUUAUUCAGUGAGAUAGUAAGUAGAAAUUUAUCCGAAGGGUAUAAUUGCCUUAAAAAGAAAGAAAAACGCAUAUUUAGCGACAUUGUAAUUCGAAACAGAGACAAAUUUAAAAAGCACAAAAUAUUAGGAAUGACUAGCACCUUUUCAGUACGACCCGAAUCUCAAGAACAAAAUAUAAAAUGUAAUAAAAUAGACAUCAAACAAUUAAUUGAAGAAUUUUUCCAGGAUGAUUUAAACACGAAGAUAUCUCCAGGGAAAAAUGAAUUCAUAACUCGAAAUGGCGUAAGAAAGCAAAAAAGAUAUCUUAACGACACCCUCAUAAAUCUCUAUAAAAAAUUUAUAAAAAAUCAGAAAGUAGGAUAUUCCACAUUCUGCAAAUAUCGCCCAUUUUGGGUACUACAACCAAAAGAUUCGGAUCGGAAUACCUGUGCAUGCAAAAUACAUGUAAAUUUUGAUUUAUUAGUGAAGAGCCUCAAUAAAAAUAAAAUAAUAGAAGAAACAAAUGGAACUGCUUUGCUGCAAAGUUUAUGUUGUGACGCUUAUAGUGAAAGUUGCCUAAAUCGAACGUGCAAGGUUUGCCAAAGAAGAGUUUUAAACUAUAAAGAAUUUAACAAUGACUUAAAGAUAAACUAUUACGAAUGGUGCACAAAAAGAGAAAAUUAUGAAACGAAUGGAGAUGAGAAAAUUAAAAUUGUAAACACAAAAAUAAGAGCAACAGAUCAUCCAAAAAAUAUUAUAGAAAAGCUGGAAAAUUCAUCAAAAUCAUAUUUUAAACAUUGUGCUAACAUUCUUGUUCAGUAUAAUCAUUUAAAAAGAAGCUGUAGUACAUAUCGAUUUUUCGGAGAAUUACUCAAUUCAGUUUAA